AUGUUAGCGGCAAGUGGCAUUGUGAUGGGAUGGGCUGCCACAUCUACCACAUCCAGAGGGGCAGUCACUAGUGAAAAUCGAUCUUCUAGCAAACGAAGCAAGGUGGGUAAUCACAUGGGGCAGUGGUACGAUCGCGAAGAGUGGGACGAUCACGAGGGACCGGACGAGUCUUCGCAGCGAUAA